UGUGGGCUGUUCACCAACUGUCCAACCACCAUUUCACUGUGGACAUUUCUCCCUCUUACAGAUAUGGGAGACAUGGGCGAUCCACCAAAAAAAAAACGUCUGAUUUCCCUAUGUGUUGGUUGCGGCAAUCAAAUUCACGAUCAGUAUAUUCUGAGGGUUUCUCCGGAUUUGGAAUGGCAUGCAGCGUGCUUGAAAUGUGCGGAGUGUAAUCAGUAUUUGGACGAGAGCUGUACGUGCUUUGUUAGGGAUGGAAAAACCUACUGUAAAAGAGAUUAUAUCAGGUUGUACGGGAUCAAAUGCGCCAAAUGCAGCAUAGGCUUCAGCAAAAACGACUUCGUGAUGCGCGCCCGCUCCAAGGUGUACCACAUCGAGUGUUUCCGCUGUGUAGCCUGCAGCCGACAGCUCAUCCCGGGAGACGAAUUUGCGCUACGGGAGGAUGGGCUUUUCUGCCGCGCGGACCACGAUGUGGUGGAGAGGGCCAGCCUGGGAGCUGGAGACCCACUCAGUCCCUUGCAUCCAGCACGGCCGCUGCAAAUGGCAGCUGAGCCCAUCUCAGCUAGGCAGCCAGCUCUGCGGCCUCACGUCCACAAGCAGCCUGAAAAGACCACCCGCGUGCGGACUGUGCUCAACGAGAAGCAGCUGCACACCUUGCGGACCUGCUACGCCGCCAACCCUCGGCCAGAUGCACUCAUGAAGGAGCAACUAGUGGAGAUGACCGGCCUCAGCCCCAGAGUGAUCCGAGUCUGGUUUCAAAACAAGAGGUGCAAGGACAAGAAACGCAGCAUCAUGAUGAAGCAGCUCCAGCAGCAGCAGCCUAACGACAAAACUAAUAUCCAAGGGAUGACAGGAACUCCCAUGGUGGCUGCUAGUCCGGAGAGACACGAUGGUGGCUUACAGGCUAACCCGGUAGAGGUGCAAAGUUACCAGCCACCCUGGAAAGUACUGAGUGACUUCGCCUUGCAGAGUGACAUAGAUCAGCCGGCUUUUCAGCAACUGGUCAAUUUUUCAGAAGGAGGACCAGGCUCUAAUUCCACUGGCAGUGAAGUAGCAUCGAUGUCCUCUCAACUCCCAGAUACACCCAACAGCAUGGUAGCCAGUCCUAUUGAGGCAUGAGGAACAGUCAUUCAGAUGUAUUUUUUUCCCUGUUGGAGAAAGUGGGAAAUUAUGUUGAACUCCGAAAUUAAAGUAUUUAACGACCCAGUCAAUGAAAACUGAAUCAAGAAACGAAUGCUCCAUGAAGUGCACGAAGUCUGUUUUAAUGACUAGGUGAUAUGGUAGCAACACUGUGAAGACAAUCAUGGGGUUUUACUAGAAUUAAAAACAAACAAAACCCCAAGCCCAACAUAUGCUAUUCAAUGACCUUAGGAGUACUGAAAAGAAUAAUAAUGAAACAAGACGUUUUUAAAACGUAGAGGAUUUAUAUUCAAGGAUCUCAAAAAAAAAAGCAUUUUCAUUUCGCUGCAUAUCUAGAGGAAAAGCAGAAAUAGAGAAUUUUCUAGUCCACCCUAUUCUGAAUGGUGCUGUUUCUAUAUUGGUCAUUGCCUUGCCAAACAGGAGCUCCAGCACAGAGUGGAAGAAACUGGCCUUAGUGGCUGAAAGAGUCCUUUCAGGAAGGCGGAGCUGCAUUGGUUUGCUAUGUUUUUAGUUGACUUUGACAAGGGGUUAAUUGAAAUUCUGGGUCUCUUUAGCUUGCCCUGUAGCUGGUUUCUCUUUUACUUUUGCCUUU